ACUUCCGGGUCACACAGUUCAAUAUGGCGGCGCCUAUGAUAGCAAAGGGGUGGCGUUGGGCAUGGAGGCACAGAUGUUUCAUACUGAGUAAGAAAACUCGGUGUUUUUGCCUUAGGUCCGAAUUCAUCUCCACCACCAGUAUUCGAAGCGGCCUUUUGUCUUCAUUUAACAAACGAGGGAUUAUAAAAGAUGCAUUCCCUGAUUCCGCCGCCCAAGUGGAACUUCCUCGGCUACUGCAGAAUGCACCACAGACCGUGUAUUGUGGAUUCGACCCCACGGCCGACAGCCUGCACAUUGGGAACUUGCUCGCUAUAAUCGGGCUCUUGCACUUCCGAAACGCCGGGCACAAUGUAAUUGCGCUCAUCGGCGGGGCCACUGCUCAAAUCGGGGAUCCCAGCGGGAAAACGACCGAACGAGAAAAGCUGUCCAAUGAUGUCGUGGAGGACAACACGAAAGGCAUCAGAGAGAACCUGCAGCGAAUUUUUACCAACCAUGAACUGUACUAUUCCAGCAGUGACAGUGGGCUAGGAACCUUUACCGUGCUGAAUAACGCUAGCUGGUACCGCGGGUGGAACGUCGUGAAUUUUUUGUCCGAAGUUGGCCGACAUUUCCGGAUGGGCACGCUGUUGAGUAGACAUAGCGUUCAGACCCGACUGAAGAGCGCAGAGGGCAUGAGUUUGACAGAAUUCUCCUACCAGCUUUUUCAAGCCUAUGACUUCUACCACCUGAACCAGUGCCACGACUGUAGGAUACAGCUCGGCGGAACUGACCAGCUCGGCAACCUGAUGUCCGGCCACGAUUACAUUCACAAGGUGACUGGGCAGGAAGUUUACGGCCUCACUGUUCCGCUGGUGACCAGCAGCACCGGGGACAAGCUGGGAAAGACUGGCGGUAACGCAGUGUGGCUCAGCCGGGACAGAACCUCGCCCUUUGAACUCUACCAGUACUUCCUACGGCAGCCGGACUCCGCUGUAGAAAAGUACCUGAAGCUCUUCACCUUCCUAUCCCUGGCGGAGGUAGACCAGGUGAUUGACCUCCAGCGACAGGAUCCAGGCAAAAGGCCGGCACAGAAACGGCUAGCGGCUGAGGUCACCAAACUCGUCCACGGCAAGGAGGGACUGGAGAGCGCUAAGAGGUGCACCAGCGCUCUGUUCCACAGCAGCCUGCAGGCUCUACAGCAGAUGAGUGACUCGGAGCUGCAGGAGCUCUUCAGAGAGGCUCCUUUCUGUGAGCUGCUGCUGGAGCCCGGCACCACCGUGCUGGAGGCCUGCCGGCGUGUGGAGGCCGUUCCCCAUGGAGCCCGGGGGUACCGCAUGGUGACUGAAGGGGGCGUCUGGAUCAACCACAGCCGAGCGGACAACCCCGAUCAGGUCCUGAUUCCAGGCCAGCACAUCCUGGCCAACGGCCUGACACUCCUCCGUGUCGGCAAGAAGAACUUUUACAUAAUCAGGUGGCUGAACCUUUGAAACUGGAGGCGUUUCGUCCAAUAAGGCUUUACCAGAGGCCAGGGGCAUGCUGGGAACUGCUUAUCCAGAGGUGUGGAAGUCAGGAAGAUGGAUUGUGAAAUAUCCCUGACCCUGGUUGUAGAAAAUGACAUCAUCACUCUCUCUAUUUAUUUUAUUUUUGCUACUUGCCUACCUUCAUUGAUGAAAAUGAAGGGAACUGUAAUCUAAUGUGAGCUUGUUCAUAAAAUUGAAAGUUUAAAGUGAAA